ACUCUGAGUCUUUGGCCACAGCGGGGUGGGUCUGGCCCGGGCUCACUUUGAGAAGCAGCCGCCUUCCAAUCUGCGGAAAUCCAACUUCUUCCACUUCGUCCUGGCCCUCUACGACAGACAGGGCCAGCCCGUGGAGAUCGAGAGGACAGCCUUUGUGGGGUUCGUGGAGAAGGAAAAAGAAGCCAACAGCGAAAAGACCAAUAACGGGAUUCACUACCGGCUCCAGCUCCUGUACAGCAACGGGAUAAGGACAGAACAAGACUUCUACGUGCGCCUCAUUGACUCCAUGACAAAACAAGCCAUAGUGUAUGAAGGCCAAGACAAGAACCCCGAAAUGUGCCGAGUCUUACUCACGCAUGAGAUCAUGUGCAGCCGCUGUUGUGACAAGAAGAGCUGUGGCAACCGAAACGAGACUCCUUCAGAUCCAGUGAUAAUUGACAGGUUCUUCUUGAAGUUUUUUCUCAAAUGCAACCAAAAUUGCCUAAAGAAUGCAGGAAACCCACGUGACAUGCGGAGAUUCCAGGUCGUGGUGUCUACAACAGUCAACGUGGAUGGCCAUGUCCUGGCAGUCUCUGAUAACAUGUUUGUUCACAAUAACUCCAAGCAUGGGCGGAGGGCUCGGAGGCUUGACCCCUCGGAAGGUACGCCCUCUUAUCUGGAACAUGCUACUCCCUGUAUCAAAGCCAUCAGCCCGAGUGAAGGAUGGACGACGGGAGGUGCUACUGUGAUCAUCAUAGGGGACAAUUUCUUUGAUGGGUUACAGGUCAUAUUCGGUACCAUGCUGGUCUGGAGUGAGUUGAUCACCCCUCAUGCCAUCCGUGUGCAGACGCCUCCUCGACACAUCCCCGGUGUUGUGGAAGUCACAUUGUCCUACAAGUCCAAGCAGUUCUGCAAAGGAACACCGGGCAGAUUCAUUUACACAGCACUCAACGAACCUACCAUCGAUUAUGGUUUCCAGCGAUUACAGAAGGUCAUUCCCAGGCAUCCUGGUGACCCUGAGCGUUUGCCAAAGGAAGUGAUACUCAAAAGGGCCGCAGAUCUGGUGGAAGCCCUCUAUGGGAUGCCUCACAACAACCAGGAGAUUAUUCUGAAGAGAGCAGCUGACAUUGCAGAGGCCCUCUACAGUGUCCCUCGCAACCAUAACCAGCUCCCGGCCCUCGCCAACACCUCGGUGCAUGCAGGGAUGAUGGGUGUGAAUUCGUUCAGUGGACAGCUGGCUGUGAAUGUCUCGGAGGCAUCGCAAGCCACCAACCAGGGUUUCACCCGCAACUCAAGCAGCGUGUCACCCCACGGGUACGUGCCGAGCUCUACCCCCCAGCAGGCCAACUAUAACUCUGUUACUACAAGCAUGAAUGGGUACGGCUCUGCUGCCAUGUCCAACCUGGGCGGCUCCCCAACUUUCCUCAAUGGCUCAGCUGCCAACUCACCCUAUGCCAUUGUGCCAUCCAGCCCCACCAUGGCCUCCUCCACGAGCCUCCCCUCCAACUGCAGCAGCUCCUCUGGCAUCUUCUCCUUCUCACCAGCCAACAUGGUCUCGGCCGUGAAACAGAAGAGUGCGUUCGCACCUGUCGUCAGACCCCAGACCUCCCCACCUCCGACCUGCACCAGCACCAAUGGGAACAGCCUACAAGCGAUAUCUGGCAUGAUCGUCCCUCCUAUGUGAAAGAAUUGCCUUGAAGAAUUUUAUGAACGGAGCAGUUGGAUUCUGCGACACGAGUGAUCUGAUACAAGUCCCAGAGUGGAACUUUUAACUCAGGCCUUUUUAAGAGGAAUUACAAUAACUGCAGAUUUUUAAACAAACAGAAAUCACCGACUUCACAAGUACCGAAAUCGGAAGGGAGCUGCAAGUGCAGGGUGUUGUUUAAAGUUGUGCCUCCAAGUACCGGGGGAUAUAUUUAUUCUGUAUUGAUAAAAACAAAUCCACUUUUUUCUUUCUCUCUCUCUCUCUCUUUUUUUAAAAGCUUAACUCUGCAAUCAUUUGUCUUUUAUAAACCGUAAAGCUAGAACCCAAGGGACACUAUAAAUAAGAUUCCAUGUUUUAAUUUAUGAUGUUUUUAAAGCUGUGUAAAGGGAGAAUGAAGUGGUGAUAUUUACAAAAAAGUUAAAAAAGGAAAAAAAAGAAAAAAAAAAAAAGCUUGUAUGGGACAGAAUAGGAAUGCCAGUUAGAUUUUUUAGAAAACUAAGGGUCGGCUUUUGCGCCUUAAAGCAUAUCAAAUGGUAGAUAGGUCAGACAGUACAUUUUCAAUAUCUAACUUAACACGCCCUCCCUUAGCAGUACAAGCUUAUUUAUCUCUUUUGUAUUGUUGUCUUAAGUAACUGUGUAAAUAAAUGCAGCCUGGAACGUUACAAAGUGGUGGAAGUCAUUACAUUUUCCCCUUCUACUGAAAAAAUCCAGUGCCUCUAGACAGAUUUUAGAAUUGCUUAUUUAAAUCUGGUGUCAUUCUCUCUUUCAUGUGUGUCCCCUCCUUCUGAAGCCAACAGCCUCCCAAGAGCUUGGUGGCACACACGCUGUGUGAGAAACUCUUGGAGACUUCAUGGAAUAGGGGACGGGCAUCCUGCCCUCCAGUUAUCAAGCCAAAAUGUCACAGACACUCCGCCAUCCAUGGGUUUAAAGUUGACUCUAAAAUUCUAAAUGCUGAUCUUAUACCAAUACUCCUAAAUAAAUAAAUAAAAACCCAGGAAAGCAAACUGGCAUGUAUUUUGAUUUUCCAAUUCAAAAUAGGGUCCCUGACUCUACCGACCCUUACAUUAUUUGUGACACAAUAGAUUAAAACCACAGGUGAAGUGCUGUGGAGUGAAGGAUAGAAGGAACCUGGGGGAGGAGGAGAAGGCUGAAAUCUCCAAACAGUUCUGUUCUAUGGGAAUUUCUGCUCUCAUUAAUUGAGAAGUGUUCUUAAAAAUAAGAAUUAAUAGCAAAGACGCAGCAAAGCUCUUAGGAUGCAUUUGCCUGAUUUUUUUCCUUUGCUGUUGUGUUUUUGUAUGUAGUUAUAAAUAUUGUAGAUUUUUUGUGAUUUUUUUUUGCCAAAGUUGUUGUUCUAUUUAUACAUUUUAAUGUCUUAAGGUGGUUUUCCGAUCUCAUAGGAAGAUUUUACUGCAUAUUUUGCAAAAAAAAAAAAAGGAAAAAAAAGCUCACUACCUUUAGCUUGCACAUAUUUGCAAUGUUAAUUGAAAGGCUUUUGUUUUAAUGGGGAUUUUGUAAAAUAUCCAUAUAAAUAAUGUAUUUAUCUUUGGAAUUUGUACAUUGCUUUUCCUCCUCCUUUCCACCCUAGUUUAUUUUAUUGUGUAUGUUUGCUAUGUGAAAAGUGGGUAUUUGUUUGGUCACUUACUGUUGUAUUAGCUGUUUCAAUGUGAUUUUUAAACAUUUCAUUUAUAGCUACAGUAUUUUUAGUAUUGUUUUAAACCAUGCUUCAAUUUUUUUUUAAAUUUCCACCCAAAAGCCAUUGUCUAUUUUUGUAUUAUUUGUAAGUUAAGAAGUUUUUUCCAAUAUAUGGCAAAAAAAUAGUAGCAUAUUAUUCUUGUAGUAUUUAGUUCUGUAGAUUUGAAAGAAAUGUAUUCUUUGCUUUGAAAACUUACAAAAAAACCUAAUGCUAUUUUACCCUAUUAAUAUGCAUGGAAUCUCUCCCUUUGGAGUGACGCAUUUUGUGCAUUAAAUUCGGGGGAGAAACUUCAUAGAAAUCAAUGAACAUACUUUCUUUCUUAAGUCUGCUUGUAUAUUUCCUGUCCUUCACAUAAAUAUAAACCAGCAGAUUGGAUGCCUUAACAAUGCAAAUCAUAUUCAUUUCACUUGUACAUUGUAACCGUGCACCAGAACUGUCGGACAUCACUAACAUUCUAAGAAAAAAGAAAAAGAAAAAAAGAAAAAAAAAAAAAAAGAAAUUGAAAAGCACAAAAGGACUGUUUUGUUACCUUAAGACAAUGUAACUUUUCUAGUAGAGCAAGAAAUCAUUUACAGUAAUGCUGCAACUGUGCAUGCCCCCAUAUGGAUUUUGCAAUGGUUUCACUAGACUGUCAGAGUGCGAUUUUUAUGGGUUGGGAGCGGGGUGGGGGAGGGGAGAGGAGGGGGAGGGAGGGAUGAAAGCUGAUUUUUCAUGGUGAGAAACAAUGAUGAAUCAUAACAAUAAACUGGAAAAUGUAAGCAAGGUUUAGCAUUGCGUCUCGGUACUCAGCAAGAGUGUCUGAAUUCGUGUGGUAAGUGCUGGCCUGAAGAUGUAUACAAUUUAAAGCCAUAUUUUGUCUCGUGAGCCCCUUAACUGUUUGCAAAGGAACGGAUGGUCAAGCCGGUGCCGUGUCUGGCUCAGACCCUGACAAAAGACGCCACCAAUCUGUUAGCCAUGUGCCAUGGUUAGAACUCCUCUUGAAAGCCCAAAGAGCCUUUAAAAUGUGUAUAAUUUGUGUUUUGUUGCUCCUAUUUCUAUUGAUUAGAUGGAAAGAUAUUCUGGCCUUCUACACAAUCAUUUCACCAGUUCCUUGAAAAUUUGUCCCCCUAAAUACAGAAUAUGGCUUUAAGAAGGAAGCGAAGUAGAGACUUCAAUCGAGAUUUCAGUUGUGGGGGAGGAAUAGGAUUUCUGGAUGACUGGAUUGCGUACCACGCCCUGCCCUCGUGUUGUACUAGGAUGCCGCUUAAGGAAGUCAUCUCUAAAUCUACUAACCUUUCACCUUCUUAUCCAAACUUUUUGAAUAGACACACACUGUACAGUUCAAUUGUUAGAGAACCUAACUACUGUAGAGAUUGUUUUAAUUUUUUUUUUUUUUUUUUUUUUUUUUUUUUUUGCAAAAAUUCAAGCUGUAAAAACUUUUCAACUUUCACGAUAUUUAAUUAAAGUUACUUCCUGUCUGUGAUGGC